AUGGCGCCUUAUGAUUACGACGAUGAUGAUUUAGAAGAUUUUCACGAUGAUAUUCCAGAUUUCCAAGAUGAGCAAGAAUUUGAUGAUUAUUUAAAUGAUGAAGAAUAUGAUUUAAUGAGUCAACAAUUCCCACAAGCAAAGAAGGCAUUACAAGAUUACCAAGGUUGGAAUAAUCUAGCUGUUAAAUUAGCUAUUUUUGAUUCAGACUUUGAUCUAGAUCAAGCUUUGAUUAAUUUGAAAAGAACGUACAAAAAAAAAAAGACUCCAGCACCAAAACCAAUUAUCGCCACACCUCAAGCUGUAAAUUCUUUAUCUGCUGAUACAAAAAAACUAAGUAUAACCGGCAAUGAUGAAGUAUGGUUUGAAGAUGAAGAUGAUAAAAUCGAUAAAAAGGAUGAGCCAGUAUUAAAAACAUAUAAAAGAACAACUGUUCCAACUAAACCAAGAAAUAUGAUUGAUAUUAAAAAGUAUAUUGAAAAUACAAAGCCUCACUGUAGUUUUGUUGUUUUAGGCCAUGUUGAUGCUGGGAAGUCUACUUUAAUGGGUAGACUAUUGUACGAUAUUGGUGCUGUGGAUAAUCAAUUAAUUCGUAAAUUAAAAAAAGAAAGUGAAAGUAUUGGUAAAGGUUCUUUUCAUUUAGCUUGGGUUAUGGAUCAAACAAAAGAAGAAAGAGAGCGUGGUGUCACUGUUUCUAUUUGUACAAGUGAUUUCGAAACUGAUAAGGUUAAGUUCACUAUUGUUGAUGCACCAGGCCACAGAGAUUUUGUUCCAAAUGCGAUCCAAGGUAUUUCACAAGCGGAUGUUGGUGUAUUGUCAAUCGAUUGUGGUACCGAUGCAUUUGAAUCAGGUUUCAACUUAGAUGGACAGACAAAAGAGCAUGCAUUGCUGGCAAGAAGUAUGGGUGUACAUUAUCUAAUUAUAGUUAUGAACAAAAUGGAUAGUGUGAACUGGUCAGAAGAAAGAUUUCAGAAGGUGAAGGCAGAUCUAUCAGUUUUCUUCGAUGAAAUUGGCUUUAAAGAGAAUCAGAUUGAGUGGGUACCUGUUAGUGGGCUAUCAGGUGCCGGUGUUUAUAAAAUACCUUAUCCAGAAGCUCAAAACUGGUACCAAGGCCCAAACUUAGUUCAGCGCUUGGAAGAAUUAGCUGAGAAAGUUUAUAAAGUCUCUAGUUCUGAGGUGUUAGAUACUCCAUUCUUAUUUGCUAUUACAGAUGUUACCACAUCUAAAAAGGCAGGCGAAGCUAUCAUUACAGGACGAGUGGAAGCUGGCUCUAUUCAACCAGGUGAAACUAUAACCAUUUACCCAUCGGAACAAAGUGUGUUAGUUGAUAAAAUUACGAGUGGAAAUGAAGAUAAAACUGUUCCUAUUGCCAUAAAAAACGACUUUGUUACAUUAAAACUGCGCCAUGCAUUUCCAGAAGAUAUUCAAGCGGGUGAUUUAGGAGCAUACGUUACAAUAGAAAUUCCACCAUCUCAGAAUUUAAAGUUGCAUAUGCUAACUUUUAAAUUAGGUAGGCCUAUCUUACCGGGCACUCCAGUUAUGUUAUUUAAAGGCGUACGCGAACAACCUGCAAGAAUUAAUAAAUUGGUAUCUUUAGUCGAUAAACACGAUGUGGAAAAAAUUAUUAAGAAAAAGGUUAGACAUUUGAGUUCAGGCCAAGCAGCCAUUGUUGAAGUUGAAUUAGUUGAGAAAAAACGAUGGAUACCAAUAUUAACAUUUCAACAAAAUAAGCAUCUUGGUAGAGUUAUUUUGCGUAAAGAUGGUAAGACGAUUGCAGCAGGUAUCAUCCUGGAUUCUUCGAUUUAA